AUGGCAGGCCUCGAACGGCCCCGCCGCCGCCCUCCCCCGGACCCCGUCGCCGUGCUCCGCGGCCACCGCGCCGCAGUCAACGACGCCUGCUUCCACCCCUCCCUCCCGCUCCUCUUCUCCGGCGCGGCUGACGGGGAGCUCAGGGCCUGGGACACCGCGAGCCACCGCACCACUUCCUCUGUUUGGGCUCAUGCUGGGUCGGCGGGAGUGUAUUCCGUCGCUGCUGGUGCUGGACUUGGGAAUAAGAUCAUCAGCCAGGGCAGGGAUGGGACUUGUAAAUGCUGGGCAAUUGAAGAAGCUGGGCUUUCACGGAAGCCCCUAUUUACAGUCAAAACAAGCACAUAUCAUUUCUGCAAGAUGUCACUGGUGAAGUCUUCUUUUACACAUGCCACAACAUCCGGCUCAUCCUGCUCAGCUAGUGACGUAGAGGCACAAAGAGUGUCAACUGAAAAUACAGAAUGCCAAGAACAUGAUCAAUGCACUACCUCUAAUGGGCACAAUAUGUUGGCAAUUGCUGGCCAAGAGUCGUCCCAGCUUGAGCUUUGGGACAUUACAAGUGCUAGAAAGAUCGUAACGUUGCCCCAAACAUGUAGCGCUAAUACGACAGAUCAUCCUACUAAGAAAAAAGGACUAUGCAUGGCUGUGCAAGCUUUCAUCCCCCAUGAAUCUGCAGGCUACAUAAAUAUUUUGUCAAGUUAUGAAGAUGGAAGCAUUCUUUGGUGGGAUGUACGAAAGCCUGGGUUACCUUUAUCUUCAGUGAAAUAUCAUUCAGAAUCAGCUUUAUCCAUUGCUAUUGAUGGGUUUUGCAAUGGUGGAAUCUCAGGAGGUGCUGAUGAUAAAGUAGUCAUGUUCACGCUUGAUCAUCCGAAGGGCGCAUUUAUUCUUAGGAAAGAAAUAGAACUUGAGCGACCGGGUAUAGCUGGCACAGCGAUUCGGCCAGACAACAAGAUCGCUGCAACCGCUGGCUGGGAUCACAGGAUUCGAGUGUAUAACUUCAACAAAGGAAAUGCUCUAGCCGUGUUAAAGUAUCACAGUGCUUCGUGCAACGCAGUGACUUUCUCAUCUGACUGUAAGCUCAUGGCUUCCUGCUCGGCGGAUACGACGGUUGCAUUGUGGGACCUCUACCCCCCAAAACCCCAAAGCAAAGUGGACAUCACAAAAACAGAUGAGGCCUCCUGCUAG